AUGCAGACUAGUUUGCCGGUACGGUAGCAACACAUGCAUAUGAUGUAUAUGUAAACAAUCUCUCGAUCGGCUAGCUCAAAAUGGCACAGGCAGAAGAAAAAGAAAGUGCUGAAUCACUGCUUGCGGAUAUUCAGAAGAAAAUUACAGAUGCAUUUGAUAUCUUCGACCAUGAGUCUAAUAAGACUGUUGAUGUUAGGGAGAUUGGGACCAUUAUCAGGUCAUUAGGUUGCUGUCCUAGUGAAGGUGAACUCCAUGAUCUUUUGUCUGAGAUGGAAGAGGAGGAGCCCACAGGAUACAUCAAGUAUGAUCGUUACAAGCCAAUCAUGCGAGAAGUUCUCAUGGAACGCAAAUUCAAGCCAUCCCCUGAGGAUCAGCUUGUCAAGGCAUUUGAAGUACUAGAUGUUGAAAAGAAAGGCCAUCUUACAGUUGAAGAGGUGACAAAACUCAUGUCUGAAGAAGGAGAGCCAUUCACACAAGAAGAACUUGAGGAGAUGCUUUCAGCUGCUGUGGACCCAGAGAAAGGGGUGGUCCUGUAUAAAGAUUAUGCUUCAAUGAUGACACUUGAUGCAGAAAUGUGAUUCCCAUCCUUUUUUUACAUUAUCACUAAAUGAAAUGUCAGUGAUGAAUUUCAGUGAUUUUGAACAGUGUCCAAGGAAAAUAUUGUGUUUUUUAUUGCUGCAAAACAUUUGAAUCACCAAACGGAAGACAAAUUGUUUCAAGUCUGUCCAAGGUCAUAUGCACUGAACACAAAUAAGUAUGUAAUGGACUAUACAGAGGUGGUUAGUCCGACCGUUUCAGCUGUUUGUUAUUUUUUCAAUAUUGAGGGCAUUUGAAGAGUAAUCCUUUGCUGAGAAACAUUUCUUGAUCCGAUAUUCUUCCUGAAUACCAUGAUAAGAAAUGCUCACAAUGCUAUUAAUCAUCUUUCUUUUCCACAACUGUUAUUUCUUUUGAAAAAAAAGAUAAAUACUUACAGAGUUUUUCACACCAAGUACCUCAAUGCAGUUUAGACCAUAUUUGUCAACUUUACUUGGCCUUGAAAGUCAUUUGUAGCUCUGAAUAGGAAGUUGCAAAUGUCAAAUGAAAAACUGAAAAUGUUUUCUAUUUUAGGAUAGAAAAUAUUAAAUGCACAUGAGUCAAAACUGAGUUCAAAGAUGCCCAGCUUUCAGCAGGCCUGCAUAACAUAUAGUAAUAGAUUCCAAAAACAAGUUUCAUGAUGAGCAAAAUAAAUAUAUGGCUCAGCUUUUCUGCAAAAUAAAUGUUAAUUCAGCUUUGCUGGUCAGAGCUCAUCCAAUUAAUUAUUUGAGGUGAAAAAGAAGGUGACUCAAAUGUGCUUUUCACAUAUUUAAGAGUGGCACAAAUACAUUGUAUUAGUUUUGUUCUGCCAUGUGGAAUUUGAAAUGACAUUGCUAUACGGGGCACAGCAUGCAGACUAUGAUGAUCAUAAAAUAGGUCUAAAGAAUAUUGCUCUUGAUUUAAAUUACAGUAAUUGCAGCAUCUUUCCAGCUCUAUGAGUGAAACUGCAAAUGAACAUUGGGAGUCAUUUUGGCUUCAUAGGAUUUAAAUCUAGUUAUACAAACAAAUGAUCCGUUUUGCUAAGGAAAAUAUACAUUCUAUUGAAUCUCCAAUGUUAUUUUAUGUAUUAAAUGAUUAUAGUGAUAUAUCAUGUAUAGUUUAUAAGUGUAAAUAACUGUAAAUAAAAGACACACAAAACUGA